AUGCCAACCCCCGAGUCCGCCGCAUUCCUCGCCAAAAAGCCCACCGUGGCUCCGACCUACGAAGGCGUCGACUUCGAAGACAACGUCGCCCUGCACAAUGCCCGUGACGCGAUUAUCCGCGAGCAGUGGGUGCGCAGUAUGAUGGCUCGUCUUGUCGGUGAGGAAUUGGGCAAGUGCUAUGCGCGUGAGGGUGUGAAUCAUCUUGAGAAGUGUGGUGUGCUGCGCGAGAAAUACUUCGAGUUGCUCAAGGAGCGCAAGGUUAAGGGUUACCUUUUCCAGGAGAAGAACUACUUUGGUGGCGAGGCGGACAAGUCUUCUUAA